CUCACUGCCAAUGGUUUCAGCUGUGAACAAGAGGGAGGAAGAUGUCUCCCCACUAAAAGCUGUGUUCGACGCUUUAGACCAAGAUGGAGAUGGCUUCGUCCGCAUCGAGGAGUUUAUGGAGUUUGCUGCCGCCUAUGGAGCUGAUCAGGUAAAGGAUCUGACUAAGUUUUUGGACCCCAGUGGCCUCGGAGUGAUCAGCUUUGAAGACUUCCACCGUGGAAUCACUGCUAUUAGCAAUGGAGGUCCAGAGCCGCAGCUCUACAAUGUAAAUUACAGUCCAGGGGAUGGAGCUGUGGGCUGUCCAGAGGAAUACGAUGAGCAAAAUGAGGUGACGGACAGCGCGUACCUGGGCUCGGAGAGCACUUACAGCGAGUGCGAGACCUUCACCGAUGAGGACACAGGAGCCCUCGUACCCCCUGAGAUGCAUGAAGAUGUGGAGACAGACAGCGGAAUUGAGGCAACGCUGCACGACCCCGAAGAUGGAGGAAAUAGGUUUUCCUUGAACUCAGAGCACCAUAACCACUCCCUGGUGACGGUCAUCGGUGGAGAGGAGGAGCACUUUGAAGAUUUCGGGGAGAGUAAUACAUCAGAGCUGCUACUGGAGAGCAGCGUGGAGGGAACGUGUGGGGAAUGUGACUCUCCUCUCACACAACCCCCGGAGCAGGUCAAUGGCUCCUCGCUCCUCUCUCCCAGCGCAGGCAAGAGGCUGUCCAGCAAGAAAGUAGCAAGACAUCUCCUCCAGAACAGCUCAAUGACUCUGGACACAAUGAGCGACCUGACGCGGGACAUCCUGGAGCUCGCUGACAACGACAUCACAGAUAAGGUGCUCCUCCUUGAGCGUCGAGUGGCGGAGCUGGAGAAGGAAUCGGAGGCAUCGGGAGAGCAGCACGCACGGCUGCGCCAGGAAAACCUUCAGCUGGUACACCGGGCCAACGCCUUCGAGGAGCAACUGAAGGAGCAGGAGCUGCAGGCGGACGAGCAACUACAGCAGGACACCCGUCGUCACAAGGAGGCACUGAACAAGCUGGAAAGGGAGAGGGGGCUGGAGCUUGAAAACCUACAGUCUAGACUGCAGCAGCUGGAUGAGGAGAACAGUGAGCUGAGGUCUUGUGUUCCCUGCUUACGAGCCAACAUCGAGAGAUUAGAGGAGGAGAAGAGGAAACUGCAGGAUGAGACAGAAGUCAUGACCGACAGGUUGACAGAGGAGACGGAGACUCGCAGGAAGAUGGGUGAUAAGCUGAGCCAUGAGCGCCACCAGGGCCAAAAAGAGAAGGAGUGUACGCAAGAGCUUAUUGAAGACUUGCGCAAACAGCUUGAGCACCUACAGUUAUACAAGUUGGAGGCUGAAGCAAAGAGAGGCCGUUCACCUGGAGCAGGGCUGCAGGAAUAUCAGACACGCACCCGUGAAGCAGAACUGGAGCAAGAGAUCAAACGGCUCAAACAGGACAACCGCAGCCUGAAGGAGCAGAAUGACGAGUUGAACGGACAGAUCAUCAACCUGAGCAUCCAGGGAGCAAAGAACCUGAUGUCGGCUUCCUUUUCCGACUCCCUGGCAGCUGAGAUCAACUCUGUGUCUCGUGGUGAGUUGAUGGAGGCCAUCCACAAACAGGAGGAGAUCAACUACAGACUCCAGGACUACAUUGACAAAAUCAUCGUGGCCAUCAUGGAGUCCAACCCCUCCAUUCUGGAGUAUCGCGAAAAGAUGCAAGGAGAGACGGAGGACUGAUGCUGUGCUCACGGGUACUGUGCAGCCAUCUGUCAACACUUUGAGGAACAUACCUUUCCGACUCGGAAACCGGACUUUCGUGUCGGAUUAACCUACUGCACCAGACGUCUUGACGGAUUUAUAGUGGAAAGGUAGUCGUCCUGUUUUUUGUCCAAACAGCUUGGCAUUCUGCACCAACACAACAACAAAAAAACAAAAAAACAAUGCGCUCAAGAGAAUUCCUAUUUUUCACCCUGCUCACCUGUUUAAGUCGAUCUCACUGCUCUUCUUCACCUGCCACCCCAUGGAAAAUGGCCUUGGAUGUAAAUGACUUGUACAUGUAAAGUUUUUUCUACACUCAUUCUAGAUUCUAGGUAUUUUUAUAGUCCGAGGGGGAGAAAAAAAAAAAAGAGAGAGAACGUUUCUUUUUCUCGUCUUAUGCUGAGAAACAGCUGCCUGUAUUCUUCUCUAGCAUGUAGCGUGUACAGUAUUUGUUGGAUUUUUUUUUUUUUUUCUUUUUCGUUUCAAAUCAAACGCAGAUAUAUUUAUUCAUCGUUUGACACGAUGACUCAGCAGAACAGAUCGCUGAGCAUGUUUAUGAAUUCACAAGGGGAAGACGAAUUCACAGUCUUGAGGAGGGAGAAUUUUCUUGAAAUGAGAGAAAUGUUUUAAAGCAAAAGUCGCGUUGUCUGUGGAUGAGUCGCCAUCGAGGUGCAGAAGCUCGAAUGUCACCUUGCUCAGAGUGGUCGCCUGUCGAGGUCACUGCGGUCUUCCAUUAUGUUGACGUUGCUGUGACCUCUUCAGAGUUGUAAUUUUAGAUAUACUGUACGGCAGAGUCUGCAGUUUCUGCUGUUGUCUUCCCAGAUCAGAUGGAGUCAGGUACUGCAUGGAAACACUGAUUUUUAUUGUAUAUCUCUGAUUCAUACUUAUGUUUUUGACUGACAAAUAUCAUAUGCUAUAACAUCCAUCAUGCCACCACCUUAGAGCUCAUUUUCAGGCUUUCUGAGUUCAGCUUCCUGCCUUUAAGUGUGACUGGAAGCCCCCCACCCCCCCCACCCUUAUAGCAACGUUAUGCAUCACAGAGAGGAAACCCUGUGACACCUGAACACAGCAAGCUCGACUACACUCAACUCUCUCCCUGCUUCACAUUUUUUAUGUCUGGUUCUGACAGACGGUUAGAGGAUUUAACUUGACAGGCAACAGAAACUAGACAACAGGUGAGACCACAGAGCCGACAAAACAUUCCCUUUUAGCACAGCUGAAGGCGAUCGCACUUUAACCAGACCCAGUUUCUCCAUUUUUAACUUUUCAAAACGACCAAAGACAGAUGUUUGAGCUUCAACUAAUCAUAUAUCAGGGUCCACAACACUUCUGUUUUUUGGGGGGUUUUAUUUAGUUUUUUUUUCCCUGAGCUAAUUCAUCCUAAAUCAAAAGACUCGGUUUUGUCCUGAAAGAAAACGAAAAACUGGCCUGCUAGUCUAAACACUGUGCCUCUGUGUCUCAAACUUUGCCUCUAAACUAACCUGAUGAUGAGCCCUUGGGAAAAGCACUGACCACAUGACUGUCAGUUUGUUAAAUUAUAACAAUGAAACCUAAAACUGUAAAUAUAAAUUGUCAUUUUUUUUGUGAUUUUUCUUUUUCUCUCUCACGCUCACUUCCAGUGUCCAAAGAAAGUUUGCUCAAGGCACGAACAUCACUACCGGUGUAGUGCAUGGCUUGCCAUUAUGUGACAUGGGAAGAUAAAAAGAGAAUAUUGUAGAAAACAGAAAUUGUAAAACUUAAAUUUAUGCCUAUUUUCAAAGAUAAAUGUAUAAAUUAUAACAGUAUUGGUUACAGCUGUAUAUUAUUUUUGAAGAUCCCCACAUGAUCUUAUCCUAAUUGUUACUGGGGAAAUAUAAUUUCAGUCAUUGUAAAAAGAGAAAAUAUAAAGGUAAGCAGUGAGAUUAGGAAAA